CCCGGAGGCCGCUGCAUACCCCCACUGUGACCUGGAACCCGGGACCCGAGUCCCGACCCGGAUUAUCGUAGCGCGUCUCCCGGCCGGCCCGGAGCUCGGUGUCCCCCCGCCGCCGUCGCUGUUCCAGUUUCCAGCGAGGGAGAUGGCCAGGAUCUGACCCGGGAGGAGGCCGCACCCGCGCCGCGCUCUGCGGCGGGCUUUAGGCGAUGCCGAGCAGCUCGGACACGGCGCUGGGGGGAGGCGGGGGCCUGAGCUGGGCGGAGAAGAAGUUGGAGGAACGCCGCAAGCGGAGGCGAUUCCUGUCCCCUCAGCAGCCGCCGCUGCUGUUGCCGCUCCUGCAGCCGCAGCUCCUGCAACCGCCGCCGCCCCCGCCGCCUCUGCUCUUCCUGGCUGCUCCCGGCACGGCCGCCGCCGCAGCCGCCGCCGCCGCGGCCUCCUCCUCUUGCUUCAGCCCGGGCCCCCCUCUGGAGGUCAAGCGGCUGGCGAGAGGCAAGAGGCGCGCAGGAGGGCGGCAGAAGCGGCGCCGCGGGCCCCGCGCCGGGCAGGAGGCGGAGAAGCGUCGGGUCUUCUCGCUGCCCCAGCCGCAGCAGGACGGCGGUGGCGGUGCUAGUAGCGGCGGGGGUGUGACCCCGCUGGUGGAAUACGAGGAUGUGAGCUCCCAGUCCGAGCAGGGGCUGCUGCUGGGGGGGGCCAGCGCGGCAACGGCGGCGACGGCUGCCGGGGGAACGGGGGGCAGCGGCGGGAGUCCGGCCUCCUCCUCCGGCACACAGCGGCGCGCGGAGGGGUCGGAGCGCAGGCCUCGCCGGGACCGCCGCAGCAGCAGCGGCCGCAGCAAGGAGCGCCACCGCGAGCACCGGCGGCGGGACGGGCAGCGCGGCGGCAGCGAGGCCUCCAAGUCCCGCAGCCGCCACAGCCACAGCGGCGAGGAGCGGGCAGAGGCGGCCAAGAGCGGCAGCAGCAGCAGCGGCGGUGGCCGCCGGAAGAGCGCCUCGGCCACGUCCGGCGGCGGCCGCAAGGACCGAGACGCGAAGGCCCACCGGAGCCGGACUAAGUCGUCCAAGGAGCCGCCUUCGGCCUACAAGGAGCCGCCCAAGGCCUACCGGGAGGACAAGACCGAGCCCAAGGCCUACAGGCGGCGGCAGCGGUCGCUGAGCCCUCUGGGAGGCCGGGACGACAGCCCUCUGUCCCACAGGGCCUCGCAGAGCCUGCGGAGCCGCAAGUCCCCCAGCCCGGCGGGAGGUGGCAGCAGCCCCUAUUCUCGGCGGCCGCCUCGCUCUCCGAGCCCCUACAGCCGCCGCCGCUCGCCCAGCUACAGCCGCCACAGCUCCUACGAGCGCGGCGGCGACGUGUCCCCCAGCCCCUACAGCAGCAGCAGCUGGCGCCGCUCCCGGAGCCCGUACAGCCCCGUGGUCAGACGGUCUGCCAAAUCCCGAAGCAGAAGCCCGUAUUCAUCUAGGCAUUCAAGAUCUCGUAGCAGGCACAGAUUGUCUAGAUCCAGAAGUCGUCAUUCUAGCAUUUCUCCUAGCACACUAACUCUGAAGAGUAGCCUGGCAGCUGAAUUGAACAAGAAUAAAAAAGCAAGAGCUGCAGAGGCAGCAAGAGCUGCAGAAGCAGCAAAAGCUGCAGAAGCAGCCAAGGCUGCCGAGGCUGCUGCUAAGGCGGCCAAAGCCUCAAACACUUCUACACCCACCAAGGGGAACACAGAACCCGGUGCCAGUGCAUCACAAACCAACCACGUGAAGGAUGUGAAGAAAAUUAAAACUGAGCAUGCACCUUCUCCCUUGAGUAGUGGAACGUUAAAAAAUGACAAGGCAAAAACAAAGCCACCUCUUCAGGUAACAAAGGUGGACAAUAAUUUGAUUGUAGAUAAAGCUGUUAAGAAAGCAGUUGUAGUUGGGAAGGAGAGUAAGUCUGCUGCUACAAAGGAGGAAACUGUGUCUCUUAAAGAGAAAACCAAACCACUUACACCAAGCAUAGGAUCCAAGGAGAAGGAGCAACAUGUGGCUUUAAUGACCUCUACAUUACCACCAUUACCUUUGCCUCCCAUGCUGCCUGAAGAUAAAGAUGCUGACAGCCUACGAGGAAAUAUUUCAGUAAAAGCGGUUAAAAAAGAAGUAGAAAAGAAACUACGAUGUCUGCUUGCAGAUUUACCACUGCCCCCUGAAUUACCAGGAGGAGAUGAUCUCUCAAAGAGUCCAGAGGAAAAGAAAGCAGCAACACAGUUACAUAGUAAAAGGAGGCCUAAAAUAUGUGGGCCUCGCUAUGGUGAAAUCAAAGAAAAAGAUAUUGACUGGGGAAAACGCUGCGUGGAUAAAUUUGAUAUCAUCGGAAUUAUUGGAGAAGGUACCUACGGACAAGUUUACAAGGCCAGGGAUAAAGACACUGGAGAAAUGGUAGCCUUAAAAAAAGUACGUCUAGAUAAUGAAAAGGAAGGCUUUCCGAUUACAGCAAUUCGAGAAAUUAAAAUUCUCCGACAGCUUACUCACCAGAGUAUUAUCAAUAUGAAGGAAAUAGUGACUGAUAAAGAAGAUGCUUUGGAUUUUAAGAAGGAUAAAGGUGCAUUUUAUCUGGUGUUUGAAUAUAUGGACCAUGAUCUGAUGGGACUGCUGGAAUCAGGCUUGGUUCAUUUUAAUGAAAAUCACAUAAAGUCAUUUAUGAGACAGCUCAUGGAAGGUCUGGAUUAUUGUCAUAAGAAGAACUUUUUGCAUAGAGAUAUUAAAUGUUCAAAUAUUCUUCUAAAUAAUAGAGGGCAGAUAAAACUUGCAGAUUUUGGGCUUGCUCGGUUGUAUAGUUCAGAAGAAAGUCGGCCGUAUACUAACAAGGUGAUAACUUUAUGGUACCGUCCACCUGAACUGCUGUUGGGAGAAGAAAGAUAUACACCAGCUAUUGAUGUAUGGAGCUGUGGAUGUAUCCUUGGUGAACUCUUCACUAAAAAACCUAUAUUUCAAGCAAAUCAGGAACUUGCACAGCUGGAAUUAAUAAGCCGUAUUUGUGGGAGUCCUUGUCCUGCAGUGUGGCCUGAUGUAAUCAAACUACCAUAUUUCAACACCAUGAAACCAAAGAAGCAAUAUCGUCGAAAGUUAAGAGAAGAAUUUGUUUUUAUUCCUGCAGCUGCACUAGACUUAUUUGAUUACAUGCUCGCCUUGGAUCCUAGUAAGCGCUGCACUGCAGAACAGGCUCUUCAGUGCGAGUUCCUGCGGGAUGUGGAACCCUCAAAAAUGCCUCCACCUGAGAGGUUUUUACACGCUGAGGCAAUGCACCAUAGUAAGAUGGCUGAGAGUCUUCCUUUAUGGCAAGAUUGUCAUGAGUUAUGGAGUAAAAAGCGAAGAAGACAGAAGCAGAUGGGCAUGACUGAUGAUGUUUCCACAGUUAAAGCCCCCAGAAAGGACUUGUCUCUCGGCUUGGAUGACAGCAGAACCAACACGCCUCAGGGUGUGCUGCAGUCUUCACAGCUGAAAUCUCAGGGCAACUCGAAUGUAGCUCCUGUAAAAACAGGCCCUGGACAGCAGUUAAACCACAGUGAAUUGGCAAUUCUACUAAACCUACUACAGUCUAAAACAAGUGUUAAUGUGGCUGAUUUUGUCCAAGUGUUGAACAUUAAGGUAAACUCUGAGACUCAACAGCAGCUAAAUAAAAUAAACCUUCCUGCUGGAAUUUUGGCAACAGGUGAAAAACAGACAGAUCCAUCAACACCACAACAGGAGUCUUCCAAACCAUUGGGAGGAAUUCAGCCUUCUCAGAGUGUCCAGCCUAAAGUGGAGACUGAUGCUGCCCAGGCAGCUGUGCAGAGCGCAUUUGCAGUUCUGUUGACUCAGUUAAUAAAGGCUCAGCAGUCAAAGCAGAAAGAUGUGCUAUUAGAAGAGAGGGAAAAUGGAUCAGGACAUGAAGCGUCAUUACAACUCAGGCCGCCUCCAGAGCCUAGCACUCCAGUAUCGGGGCAAGAUGAUCUCAUCCAGCACCAAGAGAUGAGGAUACUGGAGCUCACACCAGAGCCAGACCGGCCUCGUAUUCUGCCUCCUGAUCAACGACCUCCUGAACCCCCUGAACCACCACCAGUCACUGAAGAAGAUCUGGAUUAUCGGACAGAAAACCAGCACGUACCCACCACUAGUUCUUCGUUAACUGACCCACACGCUGGAGUGAAAGCAGCCCUGUUACAGCUCCUUGCUCAACAUCAGCCCCAGGAGGAUCCAAAAAGAGAAGGCAGUAUUGAUUACCAGGCAGGAGACACUUAUGCCCCCACUUCAGACUACAAAGACAAUUUUGGAUCCUCUUCUUUCUCUUCUGCUCCUUAUGUUAGCAACGAUGGUCUAGGAGCUAGCUCUGCUCCACCAUUGGAACGACAUAGCUUCAUUGGAAAUUCAGAUAUUCAGUCUCUGGAUAACUACAGUACUGCUUCAUCUCAUUCUGGUGGUCCACCUCAGCCUUCUGCCUUUUCUGAAUCAUUUCCCAGUUCAGUAGCUGGAUAUGGAGACAUUUACCUCAAUUCUGGUCCCAUGUUGUUUAGUGGAGACAAAGACCAUAGAUUUGAAUAUAGCCAUGGCCCCAUUGCAGUCCUGGCAAAUAGCAGUAACCCUUCCCCAGGGCCAGAGAGUACUCAUCCUCUUCCAGCAAAGAUGCACAACUAUAACUACGGUGGUAACUUACAGGAAAACCCAGGCGGCCCGGGCCUCAUGCACGGACAAACCUGGACUUCUCCUGCCCAAGGACCUGGGUAUUCACAAGGAUACAGGGGACACAUUAGCACAUCAAGUGGCAGAGGUCGAGGCAGAGGGUUACCAUACUGAUUAUCUGUUUUUCCUCAGGCACAUCAUUUUUAUCUGGAAAGACUUUUCUAGCUGCAAUUUAAGGCAGCAAUCCAAGAGACUUGAAUAAUAUUAAUUCAACAACAGCUUUAUUUUUAUGUGGAAAAGGGUCUUGCAUACAAUAGUUUAAAAAAGACAAAAAAAACCUUUGCUUAAAUUCAUGCUGUUCUGAAAACUAGAUCUAAUGUACAUCUUCACAAAUUCUAGUUAACAAUUUUAUUUUGUAUUCUUGCAGUUUUAAGUGGAUGCUAAUCUUAGGGACAUACAAGUCUUUUAUGGCCCUCCUGCAGAUCUUCUGAACUAUGCACAUUUGUGCUUUUUUUUGUAAGUUUGGACCAACUUUUAUGUAACAACCAACCGAUCCCUCUUGUCCAGUUUUACAGCAAUCAGAAAGGGCACUGAUUUAUUUGGUAUUUUUCUUUUUACAGAGCUACCUUUAGUCAAAGGUCACUGUCAGUCUUUGCACCUGCUUUCAGUGUUAUUGUGAAAGGUGUACUUUGUGCUCACUUCAGAAAAUAAAACACAAUCUUUCUCUUGA